AUGCUAUCAGUGUAUGCACAAGUUAUGCAGCGUAUGACAUCGCACCUAGCUUCAAACAUGUAUGCAGUAUUAAUAACAGUACUGGUUGGGCUGGCCACAGGAAAUGUGGAGUAUUCAGGCAGGACUCUUUACCCCACUCUUAAUGCUGCGCUUCCUCCAACAAAAAAUCUUCAAUAUGUAUAUGGGAUUUUUAGGCAUGGGAUAAGAUCACCCACAAGAAUGCCAUACCCGAAUGAUCCUAACAGGCCGAAGUAUCCAUUAAUUUUUCCAGGAACUCGAGGAAAACUUACAAGGGCAGGCCAGCAGUUGAUGUAUAGAGUCGGACAAAAUUUAAAUACAAGAUAUGGAGACUUUGUUGGAGGCUACACUCAGGAGAAGGUGCACGUGUCUGCAACUAACAUUAGCACCAGAACAACAGUGUCAUCUCUGUGUGUUAUGGCUGGCCAGUUUCCUCCUUACAAGCCAAUAUUCAAGGAUUUACCGAACUGGCAGCCCAUUCCUGUCUGGCAAAAUACAUCAGAUUUUGAUAAAGCUUAUUUAUACGAUGAUCCCAGUAUUGCCCCUGGAGUAUGUCCAAGAAUCGCGACAAUAGUCAGGAAUGGACUUGAGGUCGCAGGAAGGCCUGACCCAACAGAAGAACGACAGCUGCUCUAUAAGUUGCUGCAAAAUUUUACUGGGAUCCCAGAUGCAAACUCGGUACUUGCAGUCAGUGACAUUUUUGAUAUUUUACAGUUUGAAAAUUUGAAUGGACUUUCACUUCCAGCGUGGGCCACUCAGCCUCGGCCGGAAUAUCAAAAUAAACCUAUUUUUCCGGAUCUCCUAGAACCUAUUGAACUAGAGUUCUUUUAUGACAACAUAUAUUUAAACCGCAGCAGGGAUGUACUACAGUUUUUUGCAGGGCCUCUUGUGAACAGUGUUCAGAAACAGUUAAAAAUAAACUCAAAUCAAAAUCAAGCAGAAGAAAGAUACCGGUUCCAUGGAACAUCUGAUACUUCAGUGUUCGCUCUGUUGAGCGGUAUAGGUGUGGAGGUGAAGUCUAUAGUUGAACCUGGAGAUGGUGUCUUGUUUGAGGUUCAUCGAGAGGGCAACAGUCCAAAGGUUCAGGUUCUUUAUUACCGCGGAUUACAACACACCUUUGAAAAACUAACGCUGCCAUCAUGUCCUGACCCGUGCACUAUCGAUAACUUCAUGAAGACAACUUUGGGGCUCACGCCACAGCAGUGGCAACAAAGAUGUUUCAUGUGAUUUGCCAGGAAAUGAAUAAACCAUUUCGAG